AUGGUUCAACAGAGAUCUAUCACUUUUGUGGACGGCUACUCGAAGCCAGCAAUCACUACUACGGAGCUUGACUUGGACAAUUGCUUCAAGGACGAUGAGAUAGUCAUCAAGGUCAAGUGCUGUGCUAUUAAUCCUAUCGAUAUGGUAGUAUAUGGUCUAAGUACUACCUGGCUUACCGGCUGCAAGCCCAAGACCUUUGGAAGAGAUUUUAGUGGUGUUAUUGUGAGAGCUGGGUCCCGUGUGGAUCCCCAAUGGAAAGUUGACGACGAGGUGAAUGGUCAGUAUGUGCACUUGCUAGGUGACCGCGGCUCUUUCAGUGAUUACCUGAUUUUCAACCCUGCCAAAAAUAAGAGUAUCGCUCAUAUGCAGAAGUUUCCUCGUGGUGAAGGCGCUCUUAACUACAAUGAGGGUAAAUACGAUGACUGGGUCUUGAACGCUUCUUUCCCAUUAGUCUACGGAACUGCUGAUUCUGUUCUAGCUGACUACAUCAAGAAAUGGACCCCCGAGUCCCGUAUAUUGGUUAUUGGUGCUUCCACGCAAGUUUCCAAUUGUUUGAUACAGAUUGCUAAGCGUCACUACAAUAUUGGUACUGUUGUUGGUAUCUGUAAUAAGAACUCCUUUGAGUACAAUGAGAAAUUUGGAUGGGAUCAUCUCGUUUCUUACAAUGAUGGUAAAACUAUUGAAAAUGUUACGAAGUUGAUGGAAGAGAAACUUGGUGGCGAGAAGUUUGACAUGAUCUUCGACUCUGUGGGAAACACAGACUUCUUCCCGGUCAUUGAUAAGUUCUUGAAGCCUAAAAGCACGGGUUCAUACUUCCUUACUGUCGUAGGCGACAACAAGCUAGACUAUAAGAACCCAACUUUCCGUCGUGCAAUGCCUUUGUCAGUUGCAUGGAAGAAGAUAAAUCCAUUUUUGGGUUUCAAUUAUUCCACCGUGCUUGUCAAACCAAUUGACCGCUACAUGAAGUUAUCCACAGAGAUGAUUCAGAAAAACCAAUUUGAACCAGUGAUAGAUUCUGUAUAUGAGUUUGAUCAAUACCAGGAGGCAAUGGAUAAGCUACUAACAAACAAGGCAAAGGGUAAAAUUGUAAUCAGAGUCAACAAAUAA